GGACCGUUACCCAUAACAUCCAUUGCAGAUCCAAGUUCUUCCAAAAACAAGUUUCAAUAAUGCUUUUAUAACUUACUAAUUAAUUGCUUAUACUUUUGUUCAAAGUUCUCAACGUUUCUUCCGGUAGAUAACAAAAGAAUGUUGAAAACUGACCAUGGUUCUGUUUCAUUCGGCAUCUAUAAAACAAACAAUUGGUUUUAUAUCGUAUGUCGAAAAUCAAGCCAGAAUGAGUAUACUAUUCUGAAGCUGUUCUGGUGUCCCAAACGAGGACUUCAAAUGCAAGAAGGCCAAACAGUCUACAAUACGGCUCAAAAGAAUAGCAUUCUUGAUUCAUUGGCUAGUGGAAAUGCUGUAACUGGUGGAUUGACGCAUAUUGCUGAUGCCCGUGCAAUCCUUGGACUCAUGCGAUUCACUGCUGGUUAUUAUUUAUAUGUCUGUGUGGAAGCAAGUGCGAUAGCAAUCAUUGGUGGACAUCAUGUUUUUCAUGUGGAAAAGACAGAAUUAAUUCCAUUGACUUUACAUGCUACAACUGUUUCUAACGAGGAAAAAUGGUUUAUGACAUGCAUUCAGCGUUUGGACUUGUCAAAGGCAUUUUACUUUAGCUAUACGUACGACCUUACUCAAACGACUCAGUACAAUUUUACGCACCCGCGUUUACAGAAUGGUGUGCGAGAAAUGUUUAUGUGGAACCGUCACAUUUUGAAACCACUUACUGCUAUCUUUGGGUUUGACUCGCCUUGGUGCAUUCCCAUCAUCCAUGGUUUCGUUGACCAAGCAAAACUAAUUAGUUGUGGUAAACUAAUUCUGGUCACAUUAAUUGCUCGACGAUCGCGGCAUUUUGCCGGUGCUCGUUAUUUGAAACGUGGCCUAGAGGAAAAUGGUUUCGUGGCCAACGAGGUCGAAACGGAACAGAUUGUUUCUGAUGGUUCAGUCUCAUCAUUUCCGUCUGACGUGAAAACGAACGGAUACCCUGGCUAUACGAGUUAUGUGCAGCACAGAGGAAGCAUCCCAUUGUAUUGGUCUCAAGAUUUCAACAACAUGACGCCGAAACCACCAAUUGAUAUUACCCUUCGAGACCCGUUUUAUUCUGUAACAGCACUUCACUUUGAUCGACUUUUAGGACAGUAUGGUUCCCCGUGUAUUGUUCUUAAUCUCAUCAAGGCGAAGGAAAAAAUUAGACGGGAGGGAAUUUUGCUGGAUGAAUAUGAGCGUGCAAUUGCAUACUUAAACCAAUUUCUCCCGGAAGACAAGAAGAUUCAGUAUCUUGCUUGGGAUAUGUCGAAUGCGGUAAAGAGAAAUCAACCUGUCAUUAAGGUGCUCGAGCGAAUGGCAGACUACAUUAUUAAACAAACAAAGUUCUUUUCUACUGCUACGAGCUUCGAACCAGCUAGCUUUCAAGAGGGUAUUGUUCGUGUGAAUUGCAUUGACUGUCUUGAUCGGACGAAUGCGGCACAAUUCAUUAUUGGAAAAACAGUGUUUGGACAUCAAUUGUACAAAUUAGGUGUGAUAUCUUCGCCAAAGCUUUUUUAUGAUUCAAAUGCAGUACGCUUGUUGACUGAGAUGUACCAUAAUCACGGCGAUGCCAUUGCCUUACAGUACGGAGGAUCGUUGCUUGUAAAUACUUUACAAACAUAUCAACGGAACAACCAGUGGUCAAGCACUUCUCGCGAUCUUAUAGAAAGUAUCAAGCGAUUUUACAGUAACACUUUCGUGGAUGUCCAACGUCAAGAAGCCAUAGAUUUGUUUCUUGGAAACUUCACAACUCAGGGAAAGAAUUUUAGUGUUGGUUCUGUGCCAAGAGAGUGUGUUAGCAAGCGAUUCCAUGACGGAUUGGUUGUUCGACGAAACUAUCAACAUUGGUGGACUCCUUUAUACAUCAACAUGCAUUUUCGAUUACGCCGGUGGUCGUUGGAGUAUGCGGAAAAUUCUAAACAUGCCUCAAGUUCUCGAAGUUAUGACGAGUUGUACAUGUCUUCAAAAUUUACUGGCCUUCAUGAGUUACUAUUGUUUAACAUGUAUUCAAAUCUUUAUAUCGCCCCAUCAAGCUUCUUCCCUAUGCUCACGAGCACCAUACUUCCUUUGUCCACAUUUAAUACUACAGUUAAUGAACACGGUCUUAAUCCAUUUUUGCGUCGUCGAAAACCUGCAGAACAAGCUGUUAUUAGCCAGCCAUACAAACGCGACAGACAAAAGCGCAGCGGGAAGAAGAAUGGAGGUCGCGGACAUCGCCGGGGUUACUCUUCAGCUUCUAACUAUACCCAUCGGUCACGAAAGUCUACGCACAUGUGGGAGUCCAUUGACAUCAAGAAGGAAGACUUGGAUAAAUACGAAUUGUUUGUUGAAUUCAAAAACUCUGCUUCUGAGAAGCUGUCUUCUAAGAGCAAGUCCGAGCACUCGACUGACGAAAUGGUGUCGCUGGUUCAGAAAGACCUGAGCGAACUAGUUGUUAGUGAUGCCCGUGUGCUUGAUUACAAAGCUUAUUUCGAGACUGAAAAACGACUGAGCGAAGCUAAACGCUCAACUGACAUUGCGCCAGCUGAAACAAUCGCUUUUUACAGUUUUUGGUUAACGAAUUACAAGUGAUUACGCCUUUUAUAUGUAUAAUCGAUAUUUAUAAUGAUAAUGAUAUUGUUUCUAUGCCUAAAAAUCGCAGAGUGAAAGUUAACUCUUAUUGUGUAAUUAAC